CCCCUCCUCCUCCUCUUGAAACCUUGAUCUUUCUGUUCAUUCCUCAAUCUUUUCACCAAUAUACCAGCUCAAUUGGACUUUUGAAAAUGACACGAUCAAGAUUGGUAGCAGCCGCCCGGACGGCAAGGCCCUUCUUGGCCUCUCCCGCUCGCCAGGGCCGGUCCCUCGCAUCCGUCGCCGGACUGAGCUCCACGGCCCCGGCCCCGAGAACGGCGGGAGCAUCACAACUACACAACAACCCCCGCCGCUUCUACAGCUCGGCGUCCCGCGCCAACUGGAAAGAGAAGCUCGCCGCCUUCUCCAAGCAGGACAAGACCCCCCUCUACGACUUCCACGUCGCCCACGGCGGCAAAAUGGUCAUCUUCGGCGGCCACCACAUGCCCGUCCAGUACGCCGGCCAGUCCCUCGCCGAGUCCCACCACUUCACCCGCACCCACGCCUCCCUCUUUGACGUCUCCCACAUGGUCCAGCACCGCUUCACCGGCCCCAAGGCCGCCGCCUUCCUCGAGACCGUCACCCCCUCCAGCGUCGCCGACAUGGAGCUCAACACGAGCAAGCUCAGCACCUUCCUCCACCCGGGCACGGGCGGCAUCGUCGACGACACAAUGAUCACCCGCCUCGGCGAGCACGAGUACGCCGUCGUCUCCAACGCCGGCACCCGCGAAAAGAUCUUCGCCUACCUCACCGAGCACACCGCGGCGCUCCAGAACCCCGAGGGCACCGACUUCUGGUGGGAGGUCCUCGAGGGCUACGGCCUCGUCGCCCUCCAGGGCCCCCAGAGCGCCGAGAUCCUCCAGGAGGUCCUCGACCCGGCCGACGGCCUGGACCUGAGCACCCUCUACUUUGGCAACACGGGCUUCGCCCGCCUCCGGUACCAGGACGGCCAGGGCCAGUGGCAGUCGACGCCCGAAAAGGCCAUGAUCAGCCGCGGAGGCUACACGGGCGAGGACGGCUUCGAAAUCUCCUUCAAGUCCACCAACGGCGAGGCCGGCCCCAUCGCCGAGACGCUUUUGAAGGUCGCCGGCCCGGAGAGGCUGCAGCUCGCGGGUCUCGGCCCGCGCGACAGCCUGCGCCUCGAGGCCGGCAUGUGCCUGUACGGCCACGACAUUGACGACACGACGACCCCCGUCGAAGGCAGCCUGUCGUGGAUCAUCCCCAAGGAGCGCCGCACAAAGGGCGGCUUCCACGGCGCCGAGGUGAUUAACAAGCAGCUCGUGCCCAAGAGCAAGGGCGGCGCGGGCAUCGAGAGGCGCCGCGUGGGCUUUGUGAUCUCGGGCGCGCCGGCCCGCGAGGGCGCCGAGAUCUUUACAAAGGACGGGGAGAAGGUCGGUGUCAUCACCAGCGGCUCGCCCAGCCCGACGUUGGGCAAGAACAUUGCCAUGGGAUACGUCAAGGAGGGUCUGCACAAGUCCGGCACCGAGCUGGACGUUGUGGUGAGAGGCAAGAAGAGGGGAGCCGUGGUGUCCAAGAUGCCGUUGGUUCCAAGCAAAUACUUCAAGGGACCGACUCCCGCGCCUGCGUAGGGUGGGAUGUAUCGAUAGAAGUUUUUGAAAAAAGAUAUCCAGCACUUUUUAGCGUUCAACCUGGCUUUCAUCUACCUGAUCGGUGAUUCUUCUUGCUUAAAGGCAUGGCAAGAUCAGAGCAACGGCAAGUUUUCAAUGUUUUGGUUGGAAAGCAUGUAGCCACUUCUUCAUGGGAAGCCAUCACGGAAGCGCAAAGCGAUGACGACCCUCAAACGAGCGGCUGAAUACUCUAGAAACUAUGAUCCUGAAAUGCGGCAAAUAUGGAAGAGGUUGACAAGCAGCUUAUGUUGACAGGAUCGUGUUACGUUUGAAUGUGAAGAGAAAAAGAGGAAGGCAAAGAUUGAACGAGCGCAGAAAAUCUUAUUAGCGUUUUGGCGUGUGGGGCUAGAGCGUAUGCGGAUUAGCCCCGGAUAGCAGGGACGAAGUGGGGCCCUUUUUUCGUGGGAAGAGAGUGGGAUGAAGGCAUUCGAGCCAAGCUGUGCUUCAACGACGUUUUUCUUUAUGGCUACAUCUGC